AAUUCGCCACUUCCUUCACUUUCGGAGUCUCCACCAACAGACGGCAGCCUCGUCGCUUCAAAGAAACUUCAAUUUCAGUUGCGAUCUGAAACGGUACCGAGAUGGCAUUGCGAGGAGUUUGGCAACUUAAAAAGCUGAUUGUAAGCUAUAGUGAUUGGGGAGGGAGUAGUAGGGGCAUCAGGGCAUUUAUGCAGUCAGAUUUGCCUACUUUUAAAGAGAAAAACCCUCAGCUAGAGGUGGUUACUGAACUCAUUCGUGGACAGCAUCCUCAUUUGAAGGGCUUUUACAAGAACAAAAACGAGCGGGUGGUAUGCGUGAAGAACAUGACUCCUGAAGAUAUCCUUCUUCAUGCAACUAGGCUAAGAAACGCUUUGGGAAGAAAGGUGGUGAAAUUGAAAACAAGGCAUGUAACUAAACACCCUAGUGUGCAAGGUACAUGGACAACUGAUGUGAAUUUUGAGACGCAACAGUGCUUUCUUUGUUCUAUUUGGUCAUGAUUGAUGGAAACUAUGCUAAAAGCAUUCCUUCUUUGGAGAUCAUGAAAUUGGCUGUGUUAUGGACAAAGCUUAAUAUUAUUUGAAUCUUUUUGAG